CCCAGAAGCUGCUGUGCUAAUCUAGGCCUAGCCUACCACACACAUUCAAACAAAUGGAAAGACACACUGCAGUUGUCAGACUCUGUCGCUGUGAAGAAUGUUCCAAAAUUAGGGCGAAGGGCCCGCCUUGGAGGAGAUGAGUCUUCAUCUGAGGAGCAUCGCCAUGGAAGAAAGUUAUCAGACUCUGUAUCAGCAGGAGAGGGUCCUCCAGUGAAGCCUACGCGCAGACUGGGAGGCUGGGCUGAGGAAAGCUCUGGUUCAGGAUCUGCCAAAUCCUCAAGGAGACCUGCAGCUGAGGACAUGGAAGACCGCCGAUUACGACCACAGACUCCUGAGGGAUCCGAUGAUGAAGGAGAUAUUCCAGUCAUUCCAGACCUUGAUGAGGUGCAGGAAGAAGAUCUCACCAUGCAAAUUGCCGCCCCACCAAGCAUUCAGGUGAACCGGGUAAUGACCUAUCGAGACCUGGACAAUGACCUGAAGUACUACUCGGCGUUUCAGACUGUAGAUGGAGAGAUUGACUUGAGGCUUCUCACCAAGGUUUUAGCACCGGAGCAGGAGGUGAAAGAGGACGAUGUGAGCUGGGACUGGGAUCAUCUGUUUACAGAGGUGUCCUCAGAGCUGCUGAUGGAAUGGGAUCAAGGAGAGAGUGAGGAACUGUCCGUAACAUGAGGACAAAACUCCACAUGCCCAAACUUCAGAGUAAACU